GGAGAGCUGCUCCAACCUCUCCCCCUGUCUGCGCUCCACAUCCCGGACUCAAGAAAAAGGGGAACGGGCAGGAAGGGAAAUUAGCAGGAAAACCAACACCUGGAAGAACCAUGUUCUCCUUCAUGUCUCUCCUCCUGCUCCUGGUUCAACAUGUGGUUUUGUCCUCGACACAUGUAGCAGUGAUUUCCCCUCAGGAUCCCGUCCUGCAUAUCGGCUCCAGUCUGACAGCCACCUGCACGCUCAGCCCCGAGCUAGGCCUCCACGCCAGCACGUUGUACUGGACGCUUAACGGGGUGUGGCUGUCCAGCAGCACGUACAGCGUGGUGAGCCCGGACAUCCUCAGUGUCACUCUGCACAACCUCAACGGCUCCCGGCAGCAGUCUGGAGACAACCUCGUGUGUCAUGGAGCAAAUGGACACGUCCUGGCUGGUUCGUGUCUCUAUGUGGGCAUGCCUCCAGAGAAACCAGCCAAUUUAUCGUGCUGGUCCCGCAACACGAAGGACUUGAGCUGCAAGUGGAGCCCGGGGGGGCGGGGUGAGACCCACAUCCAAACCAAAUACACUCUCAAGUACAAAUUGAGGUGGUACGGGAGAGAGAAGGAGUGUGAAAAUGACAGCACAGCGAAGCAGCGUUACUCCUGCCACAUCCCCCGCAACCUCGCCCUCUUCACCCCGUAUGAGAUCUGGGUCGAGGCAGCCAAUCAGCUGGGCUCUGCCACCUCUGACAUCACCACCCUGGACAUCCUCGAUGUAGUGACCACAGACCCUCCUGCCAACGUGCAGGUGAAUCGCGUCGGCGACCUCGAGGACCAGCUGACGGUCCGCUGGGCCAGCCCCCCCGAGCUCAAGGACAUCCUGUUUCAGGCCAAAUAUCAGAUUCGCUACAGACUGGAGGACAGCACUGAAUGGAAGGUGGUGGAUGAUGUUGGUAACCAGACGUCAUGUCGGCUGGCAGGCCUCCGACCCGGGACCGUCUAUUUUGUCCAGGUGAGGUGCAAUCCAGUGGGCAUCUAUGGCUCCAGGAAGGCCGGCAUCUGGAGUGACUGGAGCCACCCGGCCGCUGCCUCCACACCCAGCAGUGAGCGGCUGCAGAGUGGCUUGUGUGAUCCGAAGCCCGGCGAGCAGAACUCCACCCUGCGGCGGGAACUCAAGCAGUUCUUCGGCUGGGUCCGCAAGCAUGCGUAUGGCUGCAGCGGCAUGUCAAUCAAACUGUACGACCAGUGGAGGGUGUGGCUGCAGAAAACGCAGAAAACGCGCAACCAGAUUCUACAAGACGAUAAUUCAUAGCACCUCCGCUCUGCACCACUGUGGUGUUUAAUUCAAGAAACACUGACAGAUAACUGGCCCCGAGGGUCCCAGCUGUGUGUGAGAGGCCCAACGCCCUCAGCCUGAGGGAUACUGCAGUGUUUGGUCAUACUGCCUUAACUUGAGUUUAAAGGGCCCGGGUGGAAGAUAAGUAAAGUGAGACAAUGCAGCCUUUUUCUGCCAUUUCCGCUGGUCAACUGUCUGUUAGAUCUGUUUGCACAAACACAAGUAUGCGGCUUCUCAGUAACUGCACUUUUAUUCUGGAAAAAAAACAAACGUUAUCUUAACAGUUAAGACUUUUUAAUAAUUUUAAGUAAGGUAAGCAAGUCUUUAAUGCUACUUUGACGUUAAAUGGUGCUACAUUACUGAAGCCUCAAGCAAAAAACAAGAACAGAAUAGCAGCGGCAGUGACAUGAGGGAACAAAAUGUACAAAACAACCCUUAAACUACUGUUCCAGGUCAAGAAACAAACAAACAAGUAUUUUUUGUAAAGCUGCGGUGUCUGAAUAUAUGAUAUAUGUUAUGACCUUUAGGAUUAUUAUGGCCUGAAGGAUAGUAUAUGAAUAUCACUACAUAUGUUACUGUUCAGGGUGCGGCUGCUAUUAACAUUUGUUUUCAUUAUCUGACUAAUCUGCUGAUUAGUUUCUCGAUUAAUCGUUUUGUCUAUAAAAUAAAAUGCCAGUGACUGUUUGCUAAAGGCUAAGGUGACAUCUGCAAAUGUUUUGAUUUGUAAUUUUUUAUAUAUUAUAAUUAUAUAAAUCAGAGAAAAGCAGAAUAAAGUGGAACCAAUGCGUGUUUGCCAUUUUGUAAUAAAAACUGUGUUCUCGCUCAGUGAUAAAUAAAUUAUCUGUCUUUAACGCAGUAAUCAGACAUCAAGUGCCAGAUAAACCAGUGUUGGUUCUAUUAGUAAUUAAAUGAUAAUAUAAUAAGGCCUCACUGUGUAAAAUGUAUAUACUGUCCUGUGUCUGAGCAUUUAAAGACAUUUUAAUACAUGUUUAUAUUUUUUAUAACCAUAUUUAAAGAAUGUUUUUUUUGUCUAAGUUAUAUUCUUUUACUGCAUCAAUAAUGUAUCUGAC